GGUAUUACAGUGGUUUAAAAUAUUUCUGCGGAAUAUGACUUUUAAUACAAGUACAGUCUUAUUUAUGGACUUCUUUAUUCUUGAUAAUUUAUUGCUUUUUGUUACUCCAGUCAAAUAUGUUUUAUUGAAUGAAGAAUGUCUUAAAAAAAUUACUUAUUCCACCAUGAGACAUUUGAGGGAGGCUCUAGAAAAAAAUUUCCUUUUAUUUUUCUAAGUAAAUUAGGACCAGAACUUGAGAUUCUCAGCUGCAAAGUGAUACUUACCCUUCCUCCCCACCUAGUUUGAUCUUGUCAUAUACACAGCACGUAUUUCCUUCUUGAGCACAGUCUCUCAUAGAGCACAGACCUUGACAAGCCUCGGCUGCAGAGAUGAAUAAUCAAACAGUAACCUACUCAGAAGUGAAUCUGGCCAAGAACUCCAAAAGGCAGCAAAUCAAACCUAUGGACUCUGAUAGAUGCAUUUCAGUCACUGAGCAGGAAAUAACUUAUGUGGAAUUAAACUUUCAUGGUGCUUCCCAGGAUCUUCAGAAGAAUGACAAGAAUUUCCACUGCAAAGGGAAGCUCGUUGCUGGGAUCCUGGGAAUCACCUGCAUUGCCUUGAUGGCCAGUAUAAUAAUCAUAAAAAUUAAAGUUAUCACUCCUUCUAUUGGAACAAAGAAAGAGAACCCCACCCAGAAAGCAUCUCAUUGUGGCCGUUGUCCAGAGGAUUGGCUAUCCUAUUCCAACAACUGCUAUUAUAUUAGUAGUGAUAAAAAAAACUGGACUGAGAGUCAGAUGGCUUGUGCUUCUAAGAAAUCUGAUCUGACUUAUAUAGAUAAUGAAGAAGAAAUGAAGUUUAUAGCAUUUCUAUCAUCUCUUUCAUGGAUUGGGCUCUCUCGGAAAAACAGAGAUUAUUCCUGGUUAUGGAUAAAUGGCUCACCUCUCUACAAAGAGUUAAUAGACACGUCAAAUAAUACAUACAACUGUGCUAUGCUAUUCUCGUCUAAUCUUCUAUCAGACAGUUGUGGAUCUUCAAAAACAUACAUUUGUAAGCAUAAGAUUUUGAGUUAAAAUGCCUGAGCUUGGAGUCCUUCAAGUAUCUUUAUAUUUCAUGAAAUAGAAAUAAUAUGAUGGCAAAAGUCUUAUAAUCAAUUUUAUUAUUUGUUCGAAUGGAACCUCCACAAUGGGAACCCCCCUGGAACUCACCCUAUGUCCUUCUUUGCUUGGCUGAUAAUCAUCAGUACCCUUUUCUGUAAUAAAAUAUAACCUUGAGUAUAACAAUUUUCUUAUGUUUCAUGAGUCUUUAUAUUGUUAAAUAUGUUUACUUAUCUGCUUGAUUUUGUAACAAAAUAAAAAUACUUAAAUUACUGUAGUUUUAUAAGAAAUCUGAAUAUCUGGUUAUGUGAGUGCUCAAAUUUUUUAUUCUUUUGCAUAUUAUUGGCCAUUUACAUUUCAAUACCAUUUUUAAUAUCACCUUAACAGUUUGCAUAAUGAAAACUCUACUGGUGAUUGAGACUUCUUGAAUGGUGGAGUAAAGGACUCUGUCAAUGUCCUCUUUAAAAGGAAGAAAACACUGGCAAGAAAUUGUCAGAUCAACUUUUUCAAGACUCUAGUAAUUAAACAAAGGCUUCAGGAAUAUUUAUUCAAGAAAAAAUGGUGAACCUCAGUAAGAAAGAUAGUGUCUGUGGCAUUUUAACUUGGCGUCACACCAGACACCAUUUCUUCAGCUCCAUGGUAUUCAUGAAAACUAGCAGCUCUGCCACUUCUGAAGAGGAAGACCAAGUUUAGAGUUCUUAAGAGUCCCAUAACCACAAAAUUGUCAGUCUUUGACCUUUUUCAUAGCUCCGUGGAAAACCCCAUUCACAGUAUGUUGUGGUUAUUUGACACGGAUGGAGCUAGCUGUGUGGGAAAAUUAUUUACUGAAAACCAUCAACAGCAAUUGUUUAACAUUACAGCUACCUGAUGCUACAAUACCAGUUGGGGCCUAAAGAGCCUGAUGAAAGAUUAAAGGGAAGAUGUAAGGAACAAGAUGUUCGGAGAGAGCUUUGAAAAGCUCAUCAAAAUGCCUGGGUAUGUAGAAGGCUGUACCAUUGUACAAAAAAAAAACAAAAAACAAAAAAAAAAACUUUAAUCUCCAGUAUCAUUUCUAUGGCGAAGGGCAUGUUUUCCAAAUACUGAUCCUCCUUCUUUGUUUCCAACUUUCACAUUCCAAUCACCCGUAAUUAUCAAUCCAUCUUGAUUGCAUGCUCAAUCAAGUUCAGCCUAAAGCAGCUGAUAAAUCUUCUAUUUCUUCUUCUUUGGCCCUAGGGUUUGGCGCGUAAUUUUGAAUAAUACUCAUAUUAAUUGGACUUCCUUGUAGGCAUAUGGAUGUUACCCUACUACUGACAAUGUUGUACUUCAGGGUAGAUCUUGAAAUAUUCUUUUUGACAAUGAAUGCAACACCAUUCCUCUUCAAACUGUCAUUACCAGUAUAGUAGACUAUAUGAUUGUCAGAUUCAAAAUGGCCAAUACCAGUCCAUUUCAGCUCACUAAUGCCUAGGAUAUUGAUGUUUAUGCAUUCCAUUUCAUUUUUGGUGAUUUCCAGUUUUCCUAGUUUCACGUCUCAUACAUUCCAGGUUCUGAUUAUUAAUGGAUAUUUGCAGCUGUUUCUUCUCAUUUUGAGUCAUGCCACAUCAGCAAAUGAAGGCCCCGAAAGCUUUACUGCAUCCAUGUCAUUAAGGUCAACUCUACUUUGAGGAGGCAGCUCUUCCCCAGUCAUCUUUUGAACACUUUCCAACCUGGGGGGCUCAACUUCCAGCACUAUAUCAGACAAUGUUCCACUGCUAUUCCUAAGGUUUUCACUGGCUAAUGCUUUUCAGAAGUAAACUGCUGGGUCCUUCUUCCUAGUCUUAAUCUAGAAGCUCAGCUGAAACCUGUCCUUCAUUGGUGACCCUGAUGGUAUCCGAAUAUCGGUGGCAGAGCUUCCAGCAUCACAGCAACAUGCAAGCCCCUACAGUACAACAAACUGACAUUGCGAAUACCUUCUUUCACCAACAUAAACGCAUGGAACACACAGAUGGGACACAAAGAAAUCUAUAUCUGUGGGAAGAGAAGAUGGAAAAGCUCACUAUCAUCAGUCAGAACAAGGCCAAGUCCUGACCGUGGAACAGACCAUUAGUUGUUCAUAUGCAAGUUCAAGCUGAAACUGAAGGAAAUUACAGCAAGUCCACAAGAGCCAAAAUAUGACCUUGAGUGUAUCCCAUCUGAAUUUAGAGACCAUCUGAAGAAUAGAUUUGAUGCAUUAAGCACUAGUGACUGAAGACCCCACGAGUUGUGGAAUGACAUCAAGGAUACCAUACGUAAAGAAAGGAAGAGGUCAUUGAAAGACAGGAAAGAAAGAAAAGACCAAAAUAGAUGUCAGAGUAGACUCUGAAACUUGCUCAAGAACCUCGAGCUGCUAAAACAAAAGAAAGAAUUGAUGAGGUAAAAGAACUGAACAAAAGAUUUCAAAAGGCAUCUCGAGAACAGAAAGUAUUAUAAUGACGUGUGCAAGGAGCUGGAGAUGGAAAACCAAAAUGGAAAAAUACACUCGGUGUUUCUCAAGCUGAAAGAACUGAAGAAAAAUUCAACCUUGAGUUGCACUAGUGAAGAAUUCUAUGGGGAAAAUAUUAAACGACGCAGGAAGCAUCAAAAGAAGAUGGAAGAAAUACACAGAGUCAUUAUAACAAAAAGAAUUAGUCAAUGUUCAACCAUUUCAAAAGGUUGCACAUGUUCAGGGACUGAUGGUACUGAAGGAAGAAGUCCAAGCUACUCUGAAGGCAUUGGCAAAAAACAAGGUUCCAGGAACUUUUGGAAUAUCAAUUGAGAUGUUUCAACAAAUGGAUGCAGAGCUGGAGGUGCUCACUUGUCUGUACCAAGAAAUAUGGAAGACAGCUUCCUGGCCAACUGACUGGAAGAGAUCCAUAUUUAUGCCAAUUCCCAA